CUAAAGGGAUGCCGAGGAUGUGCUGUUGGCUAGAUCCGCACCGGUCUGCCUGCCUGCUAGGACUACACUGACAAGGUAGGGUGGGGGAGACAAGUGGUCCAUUUCUCUGAGCGUUCAGGCUGAAGGUGGGCGCUCCCCCCCGCCCUUUUCCCUUCUCACCAUGUCUUCUUCAAUGGGGCCCAGAGGCCCUCGGCCACCCAUAGUGCCUCCCCCCAUGCCCGAUCUCCCCGAUCUGAGCCAUCUGACAGAGGACGAGAGGAACACUAUCAUGGCAGUGAUGAACCGACAGAAGGAGGAGGAGGAGAAGGAAGAGGCCAUGCUAAAGAGGCUACAUCAGCAAUUUGAAAGCUACAAAGAACAAAUAAAAAAAAUAGGGGAGGACCCACGUCGGUAUCCUGGGGAUCACAAGGAUGAUGCUCCAACAUGUGGAAUCUGCCACAAAACAAAGUUUGCAGAUGGCUGCGGACAUUUAUGCUCUUACUGCCGAACAAAAUUCUGUGCCCGAUGUGGAGGUCGUGUUUCGCUUCGGUCAAACAAUGAGGACAAAGUGGUUAUGUGGGUUUGCAAUCUGUGCCGAAAACAACAAGAAAUCCUUACUAAAUCAGGUGCAUGGUUUUUUGGAAGUGGGACACAGCAGCCAGCAAGCCAAGAUGGAACACUAAGUGAUACUGGUACUGGUGCUGAUUCACCAAGAGAAAAGAAAGCAAGACUUCAAGAGAGAUCUAGAUCUCAAACUCCUUUAAGUACUGCUGCAACCGCUGGUUCCCAAGACGCCUCAACACCUAGUUUACAAUCUGAUAGUAGCAAAGGUUCCGAACCAUCACUACUAUCUGCAGUUCAAGAUCAGAAGACUUCAUCAAGGUCGAGAAGUGAACCACCACGAGACAGGAAGAAGACUGUAGCAGUUUCAGAACAGAAUGGAAAAGUAUUAAAAGGGGAGCGCAAGAGAGCCCAGAAGUUAAAUCAACAAGGUCUGGCAUAUCCUGAUGAACAUAAAGAAAGGAGAGAGACUAGAAAAUUGGGAAAGGGGAGAUCCCAGGACAUUCCAGAAAAACUAGAGGAAGGAACAAACUUAGAAGAUGAUCAGCAAAGACUGGAUGAUGAUUAUCAAACUCGGUAUAGGAGUGACCCUAACUUAGCUAGAUAUCCUGUAAAACCACAGCCAGAGGAGCAACAAAUGCGUAUACAUGCUAAAGUUUCAAAGGCACGGCAUGAGAGGAGGCACAGCGAUGCUUCCCUACCCCAUGCAGAGCUGGAAGAAGCAGAAAUUCCUGAGAACAAACUAGGGAAAAACUCACAAGUACCUGUAAAACAGGAUAAAAGAACAGUUCUGGAAAGUCAUCAGUCAUAUUCAAUUGAUAGAAAUGGUGACGAACCCAUUUCUAAAUCCAAACAAGUGUCCAAUCACAGCCCUCCAAGUCCCAGACACAGCCCUGUACCCCCAGAGAACGUAGAAUCGAAAAACCACGACUCAUUUAAAAAACAAAGUCGGUUAGAUCCCAGCUCAGCGCUUUUAAUGAGAAAAGCAAACCGUGAAAAAAUGGAGACAAUGUCAAGGAAUGAUUCACUUAGUUCAGAUCAGUCUGAAUCUGUAAGGCCAUCCCCACCAAAGCCCCAUCGAUCUAAGAGAGGUGGAAAGAGGAGACAAAUGUCUGUGAGUAGUUCAGAAGAAGAAGGGGCAUCAACACCUGAAUAUACAAGCUGUGAAGAUGUGGAAAUAGAAAGUGAAAGUGUCAGUGAAAAAGCUGCUGUGUUUGGCAGAAGACAGUUGGAGUGUCCUGUGCCCCUUCAGUCAUGCUGUGGUGAUUUGGAUUAUUACUGGUUGGACCCUGCCACAUGGCACACUAGAGACACAUCUCCCCUUGGCUCGCAUCCUGUAACCUGGCAGCCUUCAAAGGAGGGUGAUCGUUUAAUUGGACGUGUUAUUCUUAAUAAGAGAACAAGUAUGCCGAAGGAAUCAGGAGCACUUCUGGGACUGAAAGUUGUUGGAGGUAAAAUGACUGAAACAGGACGCCUUGGUGCCUUUAUCACCAAAGUCAAGAAGGGAAGCCUUGCAGAUGUCGUAGGCCAUUUAAGAGCAGGUGACGAGGUUUUAGAAUGGAGCGGGAAGCCUUUACCAGGUGCAACAAAUGAAGAUGUUUACAAUAUCAUUUUACAAUCAAAAUCUGAGCCACAAGUCGAGAUCAUUGUGUCCCGUCCCAUUGGAGACAUUCCAAGGAUCCCAGAAAGCUCUCACCCGCCAUUAGAAUCUAGUUCAAGUUCUUUUGAAUCUCAGAAGAUGGACAGGCCUUCAAUAUCUGUUAUAUCUCCAACCAGCCCCGGAGCACUUAAAGAUGCACCUCAGGUCUUGCCAGGGCAGCUGUCUGUAAAAUUGUUGUAUGAUAAAGUAGAACAUCAUCUAAUAGUCACUGUGUUACAAGCAAUAGACCUUCCACCCAGGCCAGAUGGACGCCCAAGAAAUCCCUAUGUAAAAAUGUAUUUCCUUCCGGACAGAAGCGAUAAAAGUAAAAGGAGGACCAAAACAGUGAAGAGGAGCUCAGAACCAAAAUGGAACCAAACAUUUGUUUACUCCCAUGUGCAUCGUAAAAAUUUUAGAGAAAGAAUGUUAGAAAUUACCGUGUGGGAUCAGCCUAGAGUACAAGAAGAGGAAAGCGAAUUUCUUGGCGAGAUUCUCAUAGAGCUAGAGACUGCACUAUUAGACGAUGAACCUCACUGGUAUAAACUGCAAACACAUGAUGAGUCUUCACUACCUCUGCCUCAGCCAUCACCUUUUAUGCCAAGGAGACAUGUACAUGUGGAGAAUUCUAGCAAAAAAUUACAAAGAUCUCAGCGAAUCAUUGAUAGUGACUUCUCAGAUUUUGAUGUUGAUGAUGGUAUUGGAGUUGUGCCUCCAGGUUCAAGGUCUAAUGCUAGACAAAGCAGAUCCACAACGUUAACAGUGCCAGAACAACAAAGAGUGACCCAUCACCGCUCACGUUCCGUAUCUCCUCACCGUGUUGAUGAACAGGGCAGGACCCGCUCACGUUUACCAAAUGUGCCAUUACAGAGGAGUCUGGAUGAAAUUCAUCAAAUGAGACGAUCACGUUCUCCAACAAGACACCAUGAUGCCUCCCGCAGUCCAGUUACUCACAGGUCCAGGGACUCGGACAGUCAGUAUUUAUCUGAUCAAGAUAGUGAGCUUCUUAUGCUGCCCAGAGCAAAACGUGGCCGAAGUGCUGAAUGCCUACAUACUAUCAGAAAUACUGUUAGGCACAGUAAAACUUUGCCACCCAAGAUGCCUUUACUAGAGUUUGGUUCUAAUUGGAGAUUAUACAGUGAACUACAGCCCUCCCUUGACAGGGCUCGAAGUGCUAGUACCAACUGUUUGAGGCCAGAUACUAGUUUGCAUUCACCAGAACGAGAAAGGCAGCCCAGAAAAUUGGAAAGAUCUAGCAACCAAAAACAGAAUAGAAAAAACAUGGUUUCUGAAGUAGAAAGAAACCAUCAACUAGGAAGCCAGUCAUCCACAGGUGAUUCUUCAUUCAGUCGAAGAGGAAGGCAGCUUCCACAGGUCCCUGUAAGAAGCAACAGUGUAGAACAAGAACCAGAGCGUUAUAGUUCAUCUUCAACAGCAAAUUUAUUAGUGGAAGAACGGGCAAGACAAAUCAAAUUAAAGGUUCAGCGGUAUAAGCAAACAGCUGGGUCUAGUUCUAGCCAAGAAUUAGAGCGAGAGCAAUAUUCUAAGUAUAACAUGCAUAAAGAUCAAUACAGAAGUUGUGACAACGUCUCAGCCAAAUCAUCAGAUAGUGAUGUCAGUGACGUGUCAGCCAUUUCCCGUACCAGUAGUGCCUCCCGCCUCAGCAGCACAAGCUUUAUGUCUGAGCAAUCUGAGCGUCCAAGCAGAAGGCUUUGGAUGCAAGGCAGACGGAUGGGAUCUUCAGGGAGAACCAUAACUAAGAGCACAAGUGUAAGUGGAGAAAUCUACCAGUUGGAGCACAAUGAUGGAAGCCAGUCUGAUACAGCAGUGGGAACGGUUGGGUUAUGUGGGAAGAAACGAAGACCAAGUUUUAGUGCCAAAGUAGCUGCACUAGUAUCAAGAAGAAGUAGGAGCACAUCACAGCUUAGCCAAACAGAUUCCAGCAACAAGAAAUUCAAAAGUACAAUACAGAGAAGCACAGAAACAGGAAUGGCAGCUGAAAUGAGGAGUCGUAUGGUCCGGCAGCCAAGCAGAGAGUCAACAGAUGGAAGUAUUAACAGCUACAGCUCUGAAGGAAAUUUAAUAUUUCCAGGAGUAAGGCUAGGUGUUGACAGCCAGUUUAGUGACUUUCUGGAUGGACUUGGACCUGCACAGCUAGUAGGCCGACAAACGCUGGCAACUCCUGCUAUGGGUGACAUACAAAUUGGCAUGGUAGAUAAGAAAGGACAGCUAGAGGUUGAAGUAAUAAGGGCACGAGGUCUAACACAAAAGCCUGGUUCAAAAUCCACACCAGCUCCAUAUGUCAAGGUGUACCUUUUAGAAAAUGGAGCAUGUGUAGCCAAGAAGAAGACCAGAAUUGCACGAAAAACCCUUGAUCCCCUUUAUCAACAGAACUUGGUUUUUGAAGAUAAUCCCCAUGGAAAGGUGCUUCAGGUAAUUGUUUGGGGAGACUAUGGUCGAAUGGAUCACAAAUCCUUCAUGGGUGUUGCACAGAUUCUCCUGGAAGAGCUUGAUCUGUCCAGCGUGGUCAUUGGAUGGUAUAAGUUGUUUCCACCUUCGUCAUUAGUGGAUCCAACACUGACACCCCUAACUCGCAGGGCUUCCCAGUCAUCUCUUGAAAGUUCAACAGGGCCUCCUUCCAUUAGGUCUUAAUGAACUGGAAGGCAGUAUAGCCUAAUGUAAUCACAAUGUUAUUGCCCGAUAAAAGUUUAAGAGUGGUAUAUUUACACGAUCAAAAGCAUUGCUGGAGACAGACAAUCAUUUUUUUUGCCUGUAGUAGUGAUCCAAAAAGAUCUUAUAUUGGCAGAGAGAAACAAGAAUAUGAGUACUGUAAAUGAACAUACAGUUCAGCACUAUUGGAAAUCACACAUGCUCAGUGGCAUAGUAAGGGUGACAUUGAAUUCAAACUGGAAGCUUUCACUCUGUUAGAAAUGUUUGUGAUACAUUUUUACAGACCAUAAGCAGUGUUAUCAUAUUGGUAUUUCCACCUAUUUUAUACUUGUUAAUUCCAUAAUUUUUUUUUUUAUAUGAUGUGUUAAUCUGCCAGUUUCAUAAAAAAAAAAAAAAAAAAAAAAGCAUUUGUGAUAAUUCUCACAUAGCGCUUUUUGUCCUUUUUAUUGAUUUUGUGAAAGCUGAGCAUUACAGAAGUGAUAAUGGCUACAAUUCUGUGUAAUAUUCCCUGCUGCCUGAAAUACUGACAGUGACUUUGAGAAGCACUGCUAUGUAGUGCUGUUCUAUUAUUAAUGACCUUGCUUUUUUUUUCAUGUAGUGUUACACAACUUGGAGCCACAGAUGUAUUUUAUGUAUUAUAAUGCAUGCUGCAAUUUGAUUGGAGCACAGCAAUUGUCUGCACUAAACUCCUGCAUUCUGGCACCAGGGCUAGGAAAUGAUAUGCAGACGCUGCAGUGCAGCAGUUGCAUGCCACAAACUCCCUGUCUAGGUGUUACAAAAUGCAUCUUUGUUCUUACAAAAAAUUGAAUAACACUACAAAAAUCAGUAUGAAUGCAACAGCUUUCUUUAUAUCAUAUGACCAGGUUGCCAAUUUUUCAUUGUCCAAAAUGCUGAUUGAUAAAAAAAAAAAAAAAAGAA